AUGGCCGCCAGCCGCAGCUCCCUGCUGCAGCUGCUCUGGAUCUCUUGGAUCACUUGGCAGCUACCUUUGGUCAGCGGAUAUCUAAACAUUUUUAUCAGCCACCACGAGGUGAUGAAACUGAUGGGACUGGAGGCGGAUUUGUUCUACGUGCACGAGGGAGCCAUUAACACAUACGCGAUGCACUUCACCGUUCCCGUCCCGGCAGAUGUGCACGAGCUGGAGUUCUCCUGGCAGAGUCUCAUUGCUUAUCCGCUGCGCUACACAAUCAGCAUCGAAUACGCCAACGACCAGGACGCACUGGGUACACCCACGCUGAGCAUUCCACACAAGGGUCUGGUGCCGCAGGAGAUCGAGUCCUUCCUGGUUUACCUGCCCUGCACUGGCAACGCAAGCCUUCAACUGCCGGUCAAUGUCAACAUGGUAGUGCAGGGACCUCCCCGCUUCAACGACACUCGGCUCCACUUCAAGCGCAACAAGAUCUGUGCCAAGGGCAUCUCACCCGAACCAAAGCAGUCGCCGGCCCCAGCCCACGCCCCUUCCCAGGGACCGGCUCUGAUGAGCGCCGCUGCCUGCGCUCUGGGCCUGGUUUUAGCCGUAGGCCUCGUGGCCAGCAUGAUGUAUGUGCGGGCUCGCAAGCAGCUGCGCCAGGACUCGCUACACACCAGCUUCACUACAGCGGGUUAUGGCAGUCAUCAGAAUGUGUUCAUUCGCCUUGAUCCUUUAGGUCGACCGCCGAGUGCCACCGGAUCCUACGCGACCAUUGCCAGCCUCAAUAAAUAUCCAGCGGAGAGCAAAAAGUCGUGCAGCAUAUUCGACCGGUUCCGCAGCUCGCCCACACCUACACCCUACGCCACCGCCCUGCUGCCAAUAAGAGACCAGGGUGGAGAAACCAUUUACUCAAAGCCAGAAUCCGUCUGUCCCUCGAGAAUAUCCUACUACGCCUCCUCCCAGCUAACCCAGGUAAACCAAUGCCUUUGAUAUGUUGUGACACGUGCCAUGCGCCAGGCAUAAAUGAAAAUGAAUCCCGUUG